UCAGGGAACUAACUUGAUUUCAUUUCGGUUAACUUGGUUCUGCUUUAUCCAGUCUGUGCUCAGGGUGUGCUGGCUGGAUACACUCAAACAGACUUGCCUCGAUUUGGGAUUAAACUGCGCCCAGGUGUUCCUAAAGCUACGAUGUUGGCAAGUUGCCAUCUCCUUCUUCUAUCCUCUGCGAUGCUGGUGCCAACCUUUGUUCACGGAGAAGAUCUGUCAUGGACUGCAGCCACCAACAAAGUUCAUAAACGCUUGAGGAGAGAGUGGAUCUGGAAUAAGAUGCAUAUUUCAGAAGAGAAGAACGAAACGCUGCCACAUCACGUCGGGAGGAUCAUAUCAAGCAUUCAGAACUCCAAUGCGAUGUACGUGCUCGAGGGAGACGGCGCCAACAGUAUAUUCAAAGUUGAUGAGAACACCGGAGACGUGUCUGCAUAUGAGAGGCUGGACCGAGAAAAGAAAGCCGAGUAUCAGCUGACGGCCCAUAUUCUCGACCGUACGACCAACAAGUCGUUGGAACCGCCAUCCAAGUUUCGUAUCAUUGUUCAGGAUGUGAAUGACAAUGCCCCAAUAUUUGUUCAAAGAGUGUUUAAUGGGUCCGUCUUUGAAAUGUCCCCCGUAGGAACUUCAGUCACCACAGUGACAGCUGUAGAUGCUGACGAUCCAACGCUUCUUGGCUAUGCUGACGUGGACUACAAAGUGAUUAAGGGACAAAACUAUUUCAGAAUAGAUAAGUCAGGAGUCAUCCGCACAGCAGCAGCUAAUCUGGACCGAGAACAGAAAGCAACCUAUGAAAUCGUGGUGCAGGCCAUCGAUGGCAAAGGUCUACAGGCUGCAGAGUCGGGCACUGCUACAGUACGCAUCACAUUGAUUGAUAUCAAUGACAACUCCCCAGUCUUUAAUCCAACAAAGUACCAAUUUGAAGUACUUGAAAAUAUCACUUUAAACGGGGAAGUUGGCAAACUGACUGUUGAAGACAUCGACGAGCCACAGAACAGGAACACAAAGUACAGUUUUGCAAGCGGAAACUUCCAGGACACUUUCCUCAUUAUACCAAAGCCGUAUACAAAUGAAGGAAUAAUUAAACCUAAGAAGCCCUUGGACUUUGAAAAAACAUCCAGCUACCAAUUUAGUGUUGAAGCAACUGAUGGCGACAUAUCCUAUGCCAAUUCCAAGACGAAAGGAUCCAAGAGCAUAGCUACUGUAAGCAUCAGAGUUAUUGAUGUUGAUGAACCCCCUGUCUUUAAUCGUCCUUCGUACAUGUUUGAAGUGGUGGAAGGCAGUGAUAUCAAGAAGGCUAUUGGAUUUGUUUCUGCAAUUGAUCCUGAUCGAGCAAAACGGGAAAUAAGGUAUCGCGUCCUACGAUCCAACUAUUUCAAAAUCUCCAACAAUGGGGCUAUUUUUGCUGAGAGGAUUCUGGACAGAGAAGAACAUUCCUGGCAUAAUAUAACAGUGGCAGCCAAUGAAAUAGAGAAUGGAAAAAUAUUACCUCAGUUAGAAACUCACGCCCAAGUUUUCAUCAAAGUUCGUGAUAUAAAUGACAACGCGCCGCAAUUUACAGAACCCUAUCAGCCAGGAGUAUGCGAGAACGCUGCACCAGGCAAGGUGAUCAUCAGAAUUUCUGCUGUGGAUAAGGAUGAAAUGUUUCCUGGGCUGAAAUUCACAUAUUCUUUAAUCUCUGAUGAAAGCAACUUCACACUGAUUGACAAUCAUGAUAACACAGCGAACAUCACCGUCAAAUACGGAGAGUUUAAUCGGGAGCUCGUCAAAACCCAUUACUUGCCUAUCCUCAUCUCUGACAAUGGCUUACCCCCACAAAGCAGCACAAACACCCUUUCCAUCCACGUCUGCAAAUGCAAUGAGGCGGGCGAGUUCACAUUUUGUGAAGAAGCAGCGAAACAAAUGGGAGUCAGCGUCCAAGCUCUGGUGGCCAUCUUUGUCUGCAUCCUCACAAUAUUUGUAAUUGUGCUGCUAAUAGCCCUGAGAAGAAGGCACAAAAAGGAUCUGAAUGUCCUCCGGAAGAAUGUGGCAGAGAUCCAUGAACAACUGGUAGCCUAUGACGAAGAAGGAGGUGGUGAAAUGGACACUACCAGUUAUGACGUGUCAAUCCUCAAUUCAGUCCGCCAGAGCAGUAUGACAUCGCCACGGAUGACUCAAGAGAGCAGGCCCUGCGUGUACUCCCAGGUUCAAAAGCCACCCAGGCACGGGCUUUCUGGCACUGGAGAAAUGGCCAUUAUGAUCGAAAUGAAAAAAGAUGAAGCCGACAAUGAUGGGGACUUGCUUCCCUAUGACACUCUCCACAUCUUUGGCUAUGAAGGCGCAGAGUCCAUUGCAGAAUCCCUAAGCUCUUUAGGGUCGGGGUCCUCUGACUCGGAUAUCGAUUAUGACUUCCUGAAUGACUGGGGCCCCAGAUUUAAAAUGUUGGCAGAGCUUUAUGGACUGGAAGGCGGUGAAGAUUUUGCAUAUUGAGUCAGACUGGCAGCCGAUUUUCCUCAGCUUAGCCGUGGACAACAGAAAUGAGAGACUGCAGAUUCAUAAGGCAGCACUUACCACAUCUUCAUGCAUUUUCAGAGCAGGUUUAUGCAGUCAGAAUCAAAGAAACCAAAAAUGAAAUCCCCUUUGCAUUCUGGGAGAAAAUGUUUUUCUUUACCUGGAAGUAUAUUUUUUAAAAAAAGAAUUGUCAUUCUUCUUGCCCUGUAAUGUAAGAGGUUAGGUUUCUCCUGGUGUUCUCCGGUUUGUCAAUAUUCCAGGAGGUUUUAUGGUCAUUGAUGACUCGUCCUCAGAUUCAGCAUGACACCAAUCCCAUUACACGGGUUGGCAUUAUUUCCAAUUUUUUUCAUGUUCUCAAAUUGCAGCUGACUUAUAGUAACCCCACAGGGUUUUCCAGGCAAGAGACAUUCAGAGGUGAUUUGCCAUUGCCUGCCUCUGCAUUGCAACCCUGUCCUUCCUUGAUGGUUGCCCAUCCAAAUACUGACCAGGGCUGACCCAGCUUAGUUUCUAAGAUCCGAUGAGAUUGGGCUACCUGGACCAUCAAGGCAUUUCCAUUUUACUGAUGAGAGAAAGCAAUUGUGGGCCUCUCUACAUGUGACAUUGUCUGUGUGUCCUCCCCAGUUCCACUGCAAGGACUUUAAGUCUGAUAUUAACUAUGGUUUCACCAUUGGAACAUAAUUCCCAACUACACAGGGGCCCAAUUUGGAUUGAAACAGCAGUACUCAGGCAGAAGGGGCUUCACACUUUCUCCCCUAUGUCAUUUCCCCAACCUGAAACAGUCUCAGGGUACUAUUUAUCCCAUUGUGGAAACCUUUGAGUAUUCCAUCAGUACAUGUGUAGCCCCCAACAUGGAAACAGCAUCCCCUAGGGCCAUUUCAAGUUAGAAAAAUUCAGGGCUUUUUUUCAGCUGGAACACGGUGGAACAGAGUU